AUGGAAGAAAAAGUGCCAAUGGAUCCAGAGGACAACGAAGAAACCGAGGAAGAAGAGAUGGAUGCUGAUGAGGACGAAGAAAGUAGUACAGACGAUUCCGAUGAAGAUGAGUUGGAAAAGGAAAAAAUACGCUGCCUAGAAGAACAGAUCCGAAGUUAUCCCUUCAAUUACCAGCCUCAUGUGGAAUUGAUUGAACUUUUACGCCAAGCUGGGGAGUUGAACCGAUUGCGAACUGCUCGAGAGCGCAUGAAUGAUAUCUUCCCUCUGACAGAAGAAUUAUGGAUGGAAUGGGCCAUUGCUGAUUAUCUUUCUGUUGAUAUUUGGCUGGAGUAUGCUCAGUAUACCAUUGGUGGUAUGGGUGAGUCAGAUGGUAUCAAUCUGGUGAGGUCGGUAUUUGAUCGGGCUGUAUCUGAAGUUGGGUUGCAUGUUACCAAGGGUUCCAACAUUUGGGAUGCCUACAGAGAGUUUGAGAAUGCCAUUUUGGCUGGACUCAAGCCUGAAUCUUCUGAAGGUACAGACUCUACUUACCUUGAACAGAAGGAACGUCUUUUGUCUCUUUUUAAACGACAACUCUCUGUGCCUCUGUUAGACAUGAAAGAAACGUACAAUGAAUUUAAAGUUUGGUUUCCCGAUGAAGGAUCUGAUAAGGCAAUUCAGCAAUUGUAUCAACAGACUUUGAGCAAAUUGGAAAAACUUCGACCUCUGGAAAAAGAAUUGGAUUCAGCAGAUGAAUACAUGGCCAAGAUGGAAGCUUACUAUAAAUAUAUAGAGUAUGAAAUUAGCCAGGAUGACCCAUCUCGUAUACGGAGCAUCUAUGAACGAGCCAUCACAUUUGGAUGUUUAGAUGCUGAACUUUGGCUUCAAUAUACUCGAUACUUGGACACUAAACUUCCUAUAAAGAAAGUAGUGUUGUCAACCUAUGAACGUUCGGUUCGAAAUUGCCCUUGGAAGGCUGAGCUUUGGGGUCGUUAUAUCCUGGCUUUAGAAAGGUACAAAGAAGCAGAUGACAAAGUUACAGAGAUUUAUGACAGAGCAAUUAAUUCUGGUUUCACAGAACCUGCAGACUUUUUACAUGUUUACACAGUAUUUUGUGACUACAAACGUAGAAGAAUCAAUUGGGACGAACCACACACAGAAGAACUUGCCAGUUUCAGAGCCACCAUUCAAAGAGCUAUUCACAGCCUAAAGACUUUCUUUGGAGAUUACCGAGGAGAUCCAUCAACUCUUCAGCAAUAUUGGGCUUCUAUUGAGGUGAAGCAUUGCAAAAAUAUUGAAAAGGCUCGGGAAUUGUGGAACAGUGUUAUGACGCAGGGACACGGUGCAGAGGGACAUAUGUGGAUGGAGUAUUUUCAAAUGGAAAAGGCUUAUGGCAAUAUCAAGAAUUGUCGAAAAGUUUUGCAACGAGCACUUAAUUCAGUCACAGACUGGCCACAAAUGAUUGUUGAUGCAUAUCUCAGGUUUGAACGUGAAGAAGGUACACUGGAAGAUUAUGAGAUGGCUUUAAAUAAAUGUACGGCUCAGUUGCAAAGGCUUCAACAAAGAAAGGCUCUGGUAAGAAGACCGUUUCUUUGA